AUGAACUCACGAUUCCUUCUUUUUUUUUUAUUCUUAAAAUUUUGUUUUUGUUACAUUAAAAAUAUUAAUAGAUUUACAAAUAGCAGUUUUUCAAUCUUAAAAAGUGAAAAAGACGAAGCACAAAACAGAAAAAAAAAUAAACAAAUUUAUUUAAAUAAUACUGGCCAUUCUAUAUAUGAAAAUAAAAAUGUUCUAAAAAAUGGCGGCAUUAAUGAUGUUGAUGCUAUAGAAAACAUAACAGACAAUUUCAGUUGUGAUGAGGAUAAAAAUAUUAAUAUAAAAUUUCUAAAUGCAAAUAAAGAAGAGGAUUAUAAUAACCUAUAUUUCUAUCACAUAUUUAAAAAAAUUAAUAUUAUCAAAAAAAAUAAAUAUAUAUACAGCCCAGCAAAAUAUGAAGCAAUGCGAUCAUAUAUAAAGAGAGAAUUAAAUGAUUGUUUAGAUAUAAAUACUACAUCUUAUAUAUUUAAACUUUCUGAAUAUUUCCCAAAAAAUAUUUUAGAUGUAUCCGUAUACGUAAAUGAAAUUAUAAAUAUUCUUAGUUUUUUUACAUUUAAUAAUUCUAAUAAUGUAAAUCAAAUAGCUAGUUGUCAUACUGAUCUUGGUAUGGAUGAUAUAAAAGGAGGAAACAAUAAAUUAAAUGAAAAUUUGAAAAAUUUAUCUGAACAAGUUAAUAUAAAUAAUAAUCACAGAAACUAUAACGAUGAUACUAAUAGUUGUGAUGAAAUUAUAAAUACACACAUUAAUUCUAAUGUACUUAUGGAAAAUAAUCACAUGAACAACGUUCAUAAUUUUAUGAACAAAUCAGAAGAAGAUUAUCCAAAUUUAGUUUCAGAAGGAGAUAAAAAUAAUUUAUAUGAUGAAAAAAAAAUACAAAUGAUAAAAGAAGCAUAUAUAAAUAAACUAAAAGGAAAAAAUGAAGAGGCAAGCAAAUUAUGCAACUCUUACAACGAUGUUGACAAUACAAACAAUAUUACUAGCGAUAUUAAGGAUGAAAAUUUGUUUAGUUCAAUACAAAAAAAAAAAGAUAGUACAAAAAUUAGCAAAGUAAUAAGCAAGGAUGCAAACUAUAAAUCAUUUAGCUACUUUUUUUUUCGGCUAGUUGACGCAAUUAGUGGGUUAUUUUGUUGCAUAGGAAAAAGGAGCAAAAGAGAAGAAAUUUAUAAUUAUUUGAAAAAUUUUAAAUCUAUUGAAAAAAUAAAAAAUUAUAGUAUAACUGAUAUUAAUUUUAAUACAGAUUUUAUGAUAUACAUUAUAAGGUUAACAAAAUACAAGCAUGAUAAUUUUAUUUGUUCUUUAAAAAAAUUAAAAAUGUAUGAUACUGAAACAAUUAAAAAAAUAUUUUUAAACUCAGUAUAUGAUAAUAUUUUAGAUUUAGAAUAUAUAAAAAAUUUAGAACAUGAAUAUAUUAUAAAGGAAGGAAAUGGGGAAAAACUUUCCAAUAAAAUAUUUAACGAUUUAAUUGAAAACAAAAAUUGUGAUAACGAUGUAAAGACAACACAUAAUUCAGUCAAGAUAGAAAAUAUAAGCCAAACAAAUAUUACACAAAUUGAAAAGAAAUAUAAAUUUUUAUUAGAAAAGAAAUUAGAAGAACAAUCCAUUAAAAAACAAGUUCCAAAAAUAAAUGACGGCGAUUUAAAAAAUUUAAUCAAAGAUAUUAUAGGUAAAAAUGUUUUCACAAAAAAAAAUGCUGCUUCAAAGGAUAAAAAAAAAAUGAAAAAAAUGAAAAAUGGCAAUAAAGUAUUGCCUGUGUAUAUACACGAAGUCGAGGAAACUCAUAUAAUGAAAAUAUUGUUACAAAAUAAAUAUAACCAUAUAAAUUUGAACUCUAUAACUGUGAAAAAUCUCAUAAAAAAAAUGAAUACCUUACUUCGUUCAUACGAUAUUAACAUUACCAUUCAGGUGAAAAAAGGAAAUACUACCAUUGUUGAUGAAAAAAUUAUGAACAAUUCAGGAGAAAAUGAAAAAACGCCUGAACAAAAUAGUAGCGAUGAUAGUAGUACCAAUAUUGAGAGCGAACAAAAUAAUGGAGAAAUAAAACAAGAAGAACGCGAGAUGAAAAAAACAAAAACGGAUUUAUGUGUCGACUUAAGCGAUAUAACAUUGUCAGAUGUAAAAAAUUAUAUACAUGGUAAUGCAAAUAAUGGAAUAGAAAAUAUAAAUAAUGGAAUAGAAAAUAUAAAUAAUGGAAUAGAAAAUAUAAAUAAUGGAAUAGAAAAUAUAAAUAAUGAAAUAGAAAAUAUAAAUAAUGAUGGUCAUAUUGUUCAAAAUAGUGAUACAGCCGAAAAAAAUGUUUUAAAAUAUUUUGACGUAACAGAAAAUAAAAAUUCAAUAAUAUUUGAAAUUAAUGAUUAUAUUUUGCAAAACGAAAAUAAAUCAACACAAAAACAGAUAGGGGAAUCAAUAAAAUUCGAAAAUGUAGAAAAACUUUAUGAAAAUGAUUUGGCUCAAAUUGAGAAAGAACUAAUAAAUGAACAAGAAAAGGAAAGCAGAACCGGCACAACAGAGCAAACCAAAAAUAAUGAACCCAAUAUAAACUUGCCAGAAAAAACUAAGAAAAUGGAGAAGAAACUGGGAAAAGUAUCAGAAAAAAUGGAAAAUGAAAUGGAAAACGAGAUGAGUGGAGAAAAAAAAAAAAAAAUCAACAAAGAAAACAAAGAAAACAAAGAAAACAAAGAAAACAAAGAAAUAGAAAAGCUGAAAGUGCAUUUUCGAUAUAUAAACAAUAAUAAACUAAAAUACAAUUUUGAAAAUGUAUACGCAAAAAAUAUCGAAGAAAAAAUAAAAUUAUUAUUAUUUAUUUUAAAGAAUGAAAAUAAAAAAAAAAUUAUUAUAUCAAUUGAUGAAAAAGAAACAGAUUUAAUUAAAAUGAAAUGUAAAAUUGAAAAGGUGGAAUAUGAAGAUAUUGUAAGCACUUUAAAAAAUAUAAAGUAUUAUUUUGCAAAGAACAUAAACUCAAAUAAUUCAUGUUUUGUAUUUAUGAAUGAAAUUGAAAAUACUUUAGUUUUACGAAAAAUGUUUGGAAAAUUAAGAGAAAGUGAAAAUGAUGAAAAAAAAAUAAUUGUAUAUCAUUUUUAUAAUAGUGAACAUAAAUCUUGUGUCCUUAAAAAAUUGUUUUAUUCUAUAACAAAUGAUGAAGAUGUUUAUUCAACAUAUUUAGGUAAAACCAGAAAUAAAAAAUCCCAAAAUAAGCAUAUCGAAAAAGGAAAUAUUAUCAAUAAAGGUGGGUCUAUUUCUUGGAAAACUUCUGAGCGAAAUAUAAAGACACACACAUUUGAAAAAUAUAAUAAUAAUAAAAAUAAUGAAAUAAAAAAAAGGGGGAAAAAAAAGUUGAAAAUAUCUGAACAAAAUUGGUUAUCGUUUAGAAGAAGAACUUUAAAAAAAAUUGAUGAUAUGAAAAAAAAAGCGGAACUUAUAAAAAAAAAAAAAACUGAAAAAAGAGAUAAAAAAGUUAAAAGGGUUAUUGAAAAAUUAAAAUCAAAAGAAAGAAAGAGAGCUGGGAAGUUACCCAAAAAACAAACAAACAAAAAAAAGUAA